AUGCAAAGCCUGCUCCUUCGCCGAUGGCACGGAUUCCUGCGUCUUCCCAGGCAGCGGCCCUCGUGGUAUCGGGAGCGACUGCGCGAGGAGCUCCUCGAACGCCAUGAGGCGCUAACCCCGUUGCAUACACUGAGCGAGACUGCCGAUGUCUUUUACAUUCUCAGUCGGGCCAUUCACGACGGCUAUCCGCUCCAAAGUGAGCCGCCGUACCCACAGAAACCUCAGAUUCUCAUCUACGCCUACAUGAUCACAAAAUACACAUCACGAUGGCUCUUUUACCGCGUGGCUGCUAGGGCGUGCCGUUCUGCGAAUGCCAGCCAAGUGCGAGAAGUGAUCAAUCCGGCCAAAAAGCACAAAGUUGGAGAGGUAGCCUCCCGCCACGGGCUUGAUCGCUGCGAAUUCGAACGAGUGUGCUCUCAGUUGCGGCGGUUCUGGCCCCUUCUCCCGUGA